GCCCGGUGGUGUGCGGACAUGGCCGCGGCAGUGGCGCACACCCACGGCGUCGCGCACACGUAUCACAAGGAUAUCAAGCCUAACAACUUUGUCAUCGACGACGACGACAACCUCGUGCUGUGCGACUGGGAGCAGUCCGAUGUGGCCUUUUCCACUCUCGCCUCUGAGGCAGACGGGACGUGGGAUGUUGCUGUGACACUAGCGCCUCGCGGCCUGGCGACCCGGCCUCUUCUGACCUACUCCAAGUACGCAGGCCCGCCGCGGCGCAGCAUGGAGGAGGACGUCGUCGGCUUCGGCGACAAGAGCUGGCAUGCCUGGAACGCGUUCCGCGUCUGGAGCGAGGACAGCUCCCUGGCGCUGCCGCUGGAGCUGACCGAGGUGUUCAGCCUGGGGCGGUCCAUGUGGAUGCUUCUCUGCCAAGCCAAAGUAGAUCUCGAUGACGUUGAACGUGCCGGCGACAUACAAACCACCUGGGAAAACGGCGGAGAGGACAUUCCGGCAGCCUGGAAGCGCUUCGUCGAUCGGUGCUUGGUGCCGGAUCCGAACUAUCGCCCGGAUGUGCUGGAAGUGGUUGACUUUUGGAAGCGCGAGCGUGCUAUCAAUCACUCGUGA